AUGGAUGCGGGACACCGGGAACGCGGCACCCCCGGCACCUCAGGGACGGAUCUGAGCGGGACAAGAGCCCCGGGAGCGGAGCGGGGGGUCCGCCUCUCCCUCAUCCCAGCGGGACCGGGCAUUGUGCCGGGUGGAGAUGCCGUGGCCUGGCUGUGUCCCCCUGUGCUCCUCCAGAGGCACAGCGCGUUUGUAAUGUUUCCUCUUGAAUUAUUCAGGAGAAAGUGCAGUGUCACCUUUUUAUUUAAUUUAAAAUGGGUAUUGCAGUGUUUUCUUUCCCGGGCAGUGUUUGGAAGAGCAAUACAUGCCAUAGCACGGAUUAGUGAUGAAUUCUGGUUUGAUCCCAUAGAAAAAGGUCUUGCCUUAAGAUCAGUGAAUUCCUCGAGGUCAGCGUAUGCAUGUGUGUUCUUCUCAUCCAUGUUUUUCCAACAUUACUGCUGGACAGCCGUGUCCCAACCAUGUCAGAACGAGAAGCAGUUAUCCCUCCCCUGUAAAUUGAUAAUUAAGUCAGUUCUCCCUGUGUUUAGAUGUGUAAAUGUGCUGGAAAAGAAUGUAGAGAAGUGCAGCAUCUCCACCAGUCCCAGUGACCACCACAUCACCUUUCAGCUCCUCUGCAGGCAUGGUGUUGUAAAAACCUAUAACCUGACAUUUCAAGAGUGUGAUCCCUUGCAGGCUGUUUUUGCAAAGCACAUGUGCACAAACAUUCUUAAAGUCCACUCCAGGCUGCUGGCUGAUGUGAUGAUUCACUUCCCAACCAGUCAGGAAGAAAUAACCUUGUCAGUAACUCCAAUAAAAGUUUGUUUCAAGAGUUACACUGAGGAAGACACUGACUUUUCAAGGACAAUGCUUACUGAGAUACAGCUCAGUCCAGAGGAAUUUGACUACUUUCAAGUUGGAGUAGAUUCUGAAGUGACAUUUUGCCUUAAAGAAUUGAGGGGCCUGCUGGCGUUUUCCGAAGCCACGAACAUGCCUGUGUCCAUUCACUUCGACAGAUGUGGGAAACCCAUUGCUUUCAGCCUUGAGGACCUGCUGCUGGAGGCCAGCUUUAUCCUGGCUACCUUGUGUGAGGCUGAGAAGGAAGCAGCUUCCCCAGAGACUGCCUGCUGCCCACGGCCCUGGCACAGCUCAAGGACUGCCAUGGAUAAAUCUGCUCAGACCUCCACGGAUGGAGCCAGCAACACAGACACAGCCACUUCCAAAAAGCCACAGCAGAAGGGAAACACUCCGAGCAUGCACUCGGCAAAACCCCUAAGUGCUCUGGCAAAACAAGAGUCACGGAAUUCUUACCUGUACAAAUAUUGCAUUUUCCAGUUCCACUCCUUAUUCUUUGGAGCUGUCUCUUACAAGGAGAAGGAGGCUCUUGGUGACACCUUCCAGAGUUUGGUGACAGCCAGUGACACUGAGGAGGAGCUGGGUGCCUUGCAGAGCUCCCCGGUUCUGUAGUGCAGGGGUGCAGGGACAGACAGUGGGGAGUGCAGUGCUUUGUCACUGCUGCUGUGACCCAGCAGCACAGAACGUUCUGGAAUUGUCAGUGCUCUUGUAAUGGCACAAAUUUAGGUCAUGACUGACUCUGUUGAGGUUUGUGUGUUCUGCAGGAACUGCUGGGGGUUCUUGCUCUCAGAAUACUCUCACUAGAGAGAGGCUCAGUUUGAAUUCAAACUCCGCUACCACAUCAGGCAAAUGAAGCCGCUGUUCUGGUUAAGGGUGCUGGAAAAAUAACCCAGCCCAGCUCCAGGAGAACUCAUGUUUUUACAGACUCUGUAGAACCGGGGUUUAACUGAACAAACAAAGUUGUCACAGAACUGCAUUUUAAAAAAUAAAGGUUUGUGUUUCAGACUUGCAUUAUUCUUUCCUUUCCCUGCAUCUCCUCCACCCCACAUCAGGGGCA